UCGCACCACACUCUGUGUGCGAUGAACAUCUGUCAAAACGGAGAACGCACACGCAGCCAACUUCGCUUCGUUUGGUGAAUUGAAAAUGAAACAAGUAUUUUUUUUCGGUUUGGCAUUCACACAAUCAAGAACAUUUAAAUGAGACCAUAGAAAAAGUGCAACGGUAAAACCAUCAGACAAAUCAAGUGUAAAACACGAAGAAACUUCAUCAUCUCCACCGAAUUGUGUGAUUAGUUAAUUUUAAAUUGAAUUCUAAAUUGAAUUUACGACGAAAAAUAUCGAAUUUUGAACAAAUUUCGGUUAAUUUGAGUUUAUCGACAAUUAAUUAAUUUAAAAUGUUCAAAAAACCAACAUCACCGGCCCGUGGUAAGGAAAAUGUUGCUACGUCAAGACCGCGAUUGGGUUUGUCGUCAUUGAUUCAACAGUCGUCGAAGGUUAAAGUUGACAGUGAUAUUGAAUCGGCUGGUGCUUCGUUCAAAGGACUUUCAGUGGAAAAUCCACGGAAGAUAUCACCAAAUUCUGCGGCGAUGAACAAAGCGAAAAGUGGCCACUCUAGUGCACAAUCAUCUCAUUCAGCUGGUCGAUCGGUACCUGGUGCAAGCACGGCUGCGAACCAUCUAAAAAGUGCCGCGAAUGCCGAUUCCAAUAGUUACGACUUGAAAUCGACGACCAAAAUGGAAUCGAGUGGAAAGCCAAUUGGUGUGAUGCGUCAGCAAGGUGAUUCGGUGAAGCCAGUUACGAAACACGAUACAGCGGCCGCAGUGAAACAAAAAGUAGAUGGCACUAAGGCAAAUACGGCAAAAUCACCACCAAAUGCCAUCGAACAAAAGCCAAGUACUGAUGCUAAAACGAAUGGGACAACAGAUGGUGCCAACGGUGCAAGCUCUACUGAAGCGGCUGGUAAGAAGAAAGCCGGCGCAUGGGAAUUGUCGAACUUUGACAUCGGUCGUCCACUUGGUCGCGGCAAAUUUGGCAAUGUAUAUUUGGCCCGUGAAAAAGACACUAAAUUCGUUGUUGCAUUAAAGGUGCUGUUCAAAAAGCAAAUCCAACGCGAUAAUGUCGAGCACCAAGUGCGCCGUGAAAUUGAGAUCCAGUCCCAUUUGCGACACCCAAACAUUCUGCGUUUGUAUGGGUUCUUCCAUGAUCCGGCACGCAUCUACUUGAUUUUGGAAUACGCACCCAAAGGCGCCUUGUACAAAGAGCUUCAAGGCCAGCCAAACAAACGAUUCGAUGAGCCUCGCACCGCCGGUUAUGUUCUGUCAUUGGCCGAUGCUUUGAUCUAUUUGCAUGAACGUGACGUUAUCCAUCGUGACAUCAAGCCGGAGAAUCUGUUGCUUGGACACAAAGGCGAAUUAAAAAUUGCCGAUUUCGGAUGGUCGGUGCAUGAACCAAAUUCAGCACGUACAACUCUCUGUGGUACCGUGGACUAUUUGCCACCAGAAAUGAUUUCUGGCCAACCGCACACAAAACAAGUCGAUCUUUGGAGCCUCGGUGUUUUAUGCUAUGAACUGUUGACUGGUGAGCCACCAUUCCAGACGGGAUCAUAUGAUGAAACAUUUGUGAAAAUCACCCAGGUGAAAUAUCAAAUGCCGGACUUCGUAUCACAAGCUGCCAAACAUUUGAUUUCAAAGUUACUCAUCGCAAAACCGGACCUACGUAUGCCAUUAGCCCAGGUCAAGAUACAUCCAUGGAUCGUGUCAAACACAACAAAAUGAAAACAGCCUUAACCACACACUAACUGUCCAAGUCCUGAAUUGUUCAUACGAAAAAAAAGAAAGAAAAAAAAACAACCUAGAAUCAAUAAUUUUAAGGGAAAAAAAAAUAAACAAAAAAUUGCAAAUGCAUGUGCACUGGAUUACUGGCCAUUAGUUAAAUUUAUCGUUUGUGAUUUGAAUAUAGAUAUAUUGUUUGUGAAAUGAAAAUAUUUGUAACUGUUUUUUGAUGUCAUUUGUUUAAGUAUUAUUUUAACGUAUCGUAAAACAAAACUAUUUUUUUAAAAAAAAAUUAUUUCAACAACACACACUCACAAAAAAAAACCAUAUGAAACGACACAUUGACUGCGUGUACUUUCGUCAAAGCACGGUAUAAUUGUUAAGUUAAAAGAAAUUAUUAUAAAUCAAUCUUAUGUGUAAAAUAUUCUAACUGCCAUUAAAAUGUCGAUUAGUCAAUAAAACAAAUUUGAUCAACAACACAAACGACUGUCAACCGAUGGAAA